CCUCCUGGGCGGGGAGAGUGGACAGGAGAUAAAAGGGAGACCAAGGCUGGCUGGAAGUUGCUGAAAGCUGCUGGGACUGGGAGCGAGGGAGGACGGCAGCGAGGAGAACGCCCAGGGUCCGGGAUGGGGCUGUUGGUGCUGGCCCUGGCCACCUGGCUGGGGCUGGCCUCAGCCUCUGAGGAGGUGGCCAACAGCAGCCGGAUCUGCCAGGAGGCACCGGCAUGGAGCAUCAAUGGCUCGAGCCCCAUGGAGGGGGCGGCAGGGCAGGUGACCGUGGUGGCUCUGCUGAAGGCCAGCUGACACUUCUGCCUGACGCAGGCCCAGAGCCUUGGGGGCCUGCGGGAGCGGCUGGCCCGGCAGGGCAUGGUCGGCAUCCGCUACAUGAUCGUCAACGAGAAGGCGCCGCUGUCCCGUGCCAUGUUGGGGGAGCUGCAGCGCCACGCCCCGCCGGGAGUCCCCGUCCUCCAGCCGGAGCCGGAGGACCCCGACGUCUGGCAGGUCCUGGGGGGCGACAAGGACGACUUCCUUGUCUAUGACCGGUGCGGCCGCCUGGCUUUCCACAUCCAGCUGCCCUUCAGCUUCCUCUACUUCCCCUACGUGGAGUCGGCCAUCCGCUUCACCCACAGCAAGGACUUCUGCGGCAACUGCUCCCUCUACCCCAACGCUACACAGGAGGCUAACAGUACCACGGAGGUCCCUGCAACCCCGAGCCCACUUCCCGAACACGAAGGGAAGGACUCAGGGACCCCCAUCCACCAGCACAAGCCCGUCCAUCCUCAUCGCCACCAUGAGGUCAGCAACGAGAGAGCCACAAACCCAAGUGGGGACCACGAACCUGCUGCCCAUCCUCACCACCACCAUAGAGACCAUGAUCAUCUCCAUCACCAGGGGAAGAAGCAGAAGGAGGGGAAUGAGCACUAAGCCAGGCUGGGCAGCCUUGCAGAACCCAGUAGUGUGCAGAACACCCCAGCUCACUUCACAGAGGCAUGGAAGGACUUGCUUUGGGCUGCUGGUCACCAGCAGCACUGGUACAACUCCCUCCAGCAUCCCUCAUGUGGGUCACACUCCCACACUGGGGUAGGGAUGGAAAUCUCCCUCAGACCCUGCUCAGUGCUGCAUUUUCCACCCCAGGGCUCAGUUCUGAGCCUUCCUCUGCUGCUGUCUGCCUUUCCAUGCUCAAUGAAGCCCGCUGUGCAAACCAGGAGGUCCCUGGUCACUGCUGGCUGACACUGCAUGGAGCAGCAGGGCAGGGAUGGAGGGGCCAGAGCUGGGAUGGAAGCAGCACUGCCAGCACCCUCUGCCCAUCCCAACACUUCUGGGGCACCCCUGGGUGUCCUGGCCAGGGAGCGAGCGGAGGGACAGCGUGUACCCUGCAGGACAUGGUCCCAGGGGUGCACGAGAAGUGGUGGGAUGUCGCAGCUCCCCAUGGUCCAAACCCCGUGCCCCCAUAGCUGUCACAUCCUGGGGACCCUCAGACCGUGCACACGGGUAUGUGCAGUGGUGGUGGGUGGCCGCAAGAUGGUGGCCUUGUCCCCUCUUGGAGACCCAGGGGCCGUAUGGAAGGGCCCACAGCCCUGGGAGGAUGGGGUGAGGAUCCUGGGGUCUCUCCUGGGGGGAAGCGAGGUGGGAGGGUGAUGCGGAUAUCCAGAGUACAAAUAAAACCUCUGUGAAGUGAC